UGUCUUCUCAUUGACACCUUCAAGAUGAGCGGAUCUGCCUAUUAUGAGCUCUAUCGCCGUAGCAGCAUCGGGCUAGCUCUCACCGAUACGCUAGACGAUCUUAUCAGUGCACGGCGGAUGGAGCCUCAGUUGGCCAUGAAGAUUCUCGCGAAUUUCGAUCGAAGCAUUACUGAGGUCCUUGCUGACAAGGUCAAGGCAAGAUUGAGCUUCAAGGGCCAUCUUGAUACCUACCGUUUCUGCGACGAAGUUUGGACUUUCCUGAUCAAGGAUGUGAACUUCAAGCUGGAUAAUCAGCAGCAGGUUCAUGCGGACAAGGUCAAGAUUGUGAGCUGCAAUAGCAAGCGCCCUGGAGAAGCCUGAGUGGCGCUAUGCCCUCCUUUCGUUAUGCAUGGGAUCUUGAGAAUACCUCACCAAGAGAUUAGAUCUUUCAUUCGUGCUUGCGUAAAAUUGAUCGUUAUGGGCCUUUGUGCCUUUGCAUUUCUGGGCGUUUGCGGCGUGGGGCGUAUGCGAUACUCUUGACUGAGAGAGUGAUACGAUGAUAUACGUCUUGAAAGAUACCACAAUGAAGUCGAAUAUCUAGAUACAACCUGACAGUAUGCAGCAAUGCAAACAUCAAAAAUCUUGAAAUUAGUAUUCAUCAUCAUACGCAC